GGGGUGUUGUGGGGAAAUGCUCGGCGGACCGUGAAGCGUAGAAGAGGGACAAAGACGCACAUAUAGCGGGACAAAAUGCGACAGACAGAAAGCUCUUACAACUAAAACAAACCACAACAACAUCGCGAUACAAGAAUGGAGUUUAAGAGUUGUAGAGCUGGGGAGAGAUUUCGAGAGGGAACAUGGCAGGACAGAUGAGUUUACAAGCUGAGUUUUUGGAUAAUCACUGUGGUGGGAGUGCGCGUUAACUUUGGAUAACUUUGGAUAACUGUGGCACGUUUCAUACCCACCUCAAAUCUGCACCAUGGAGCAGAAACGGGCUGCAGUUUGGAUUGUUAUUCCCACUUUUGAACGGGCAUGCUUCCCGGAAUAACUGUUGCUGUUUUCUGCAGCCACGCGUGGAGAGGAGGACUGGAAACACAUGCACAACCUGGGAUCAUUUAUUUAUAAAGUGCAUUUUUCUUGGGACUUUGUGUGGAUUACUUGCUUAGGGAGACUAAGGGAUUGUCCUGCUGCUGGAGAAAGCACUGCUACAUGUAUAUCUACCUGGACACACCAAGAACAAUAGUUGCUUUUUCAAUUCAAUUGAAGUGGACAGAAACACUGACAGCCAAUCAAAAUCUACCAGAAUGAGAACAGUUUUCUUAUUCUAAUGAUUCAUAUUCUGAACUCUAUCCAAGCAUGAACGUGUAUUUUUCUUGGCCUGUUUGUGGAUAACUUGUGAAGUGACAUUCAGUGACUGUCCUGCACGUCUCCGAGCCAGAACUUCCUCCCAAGCAUGAGAUGUUGGUGCAGUUUCCUGGCACUUCUCCCCUGGGUGCUGGUGUUUUUGGACGCCCAGCUGAUCUGCUGGCAGGCGCUGCUUCGGUGCCAUGAAGAGCCCGAGUGCGACCUGGCCUACAGUCAGUACUUAGCAGCAUGUGAGGGGAACAUCAGGGGGACGAGAAGACAAUGUCCCAGCCACUGUAUCAACGCUUUAAUCCGGUUAAACCACACUCGAAGUGGUCCGGAUCUGGAGACGUGUGACUGUGCACAGGAUCAGGAGUGUGUGAAGGCCAAACGCACCAUAGAGCCGUGUUUACCGAAGAGAUAUCCGAGCGAUGGAGGGGGAAUCGGAUGCAUGGAGGCUAGGCAACGCUGUGAGGAGGAUAGCAGAUGCCACACCUCUCUCACUGCUUAUUUAUCAUAUUGUGGUCAGCUGUUCAACGGCAGGAAAUGCUCCUCCAAGUGCAAAGCCACCAUCCAGCAGAUGUUGUUCAUCCCGAACGGCGUGCUGCUGAACCGCUGUGUUUGCGAUGGGGUGGAGAGGCCUUUCUGUGAAGUGGUGAAGGAGAACAUGAGCAAACUCUGCGCCAUAGGAGACCACAUUGUUGUUUCAGACCAGCCGGAUGUGGACGACUUCUACGAGGAUGAAGACUAUGACCCUAAAGUUGACAGAGACGAGGAGGUGGAUCAUAAUUCUGCUUCACACAGGGUUUACAGCCUAACCCUGCUCCUGGUUCUUCCUCUGGCACGGAUACUGUACUGAGAACAUUUGGAUUUAAAAAGGACAACAUAAUCUGUGUUUGAGGGAGCUUGCAGGACACAAAUGGUGGAUAAAGGGAGAUCUUUUUUCACCUCAGAGCCUUCCUGCCAUCCCAUUUUAGUUGCAAAGCGACAGUGAGCACAUUGUUGUUUCAGACCAGCCUGAUGAGGAUGAAGACUACGACCCUGAAGACGACAGAGAUGAGGAGGUGGAUCAUAACUUUGCUUCAUACGGGGUUUCCAGCCUCAUUCUGCUCCUGGUUCUUCCUCUGGCGCGGAUGUUGUACCGAGAAAACGGCUAUAUGGAUUUAAAAAUGACAAAAUAAUCUCUCCUAAAUGGAGUACAGCUCCAGUGACACGGCACUAGCUUGCAGGACUCAAAUGGUGGAUAAAGGGAGAUCUUUUUUCACCUCAGAGCCUUCCUGAUUACCCAUUUUAGUUGCAAAGCGACAGUGAGCACAUUGUUGUUUCAGACCAGCCUGAUGAGGAUGAAGAAUAUGACCCUAAAGUUGACAGAAAAAGAAGGUGGUGGAUCAUAACUUUGCUUCACUCAGGGUCCUGCUCCUGGUUCUCUCUCUAUCACGGAUAUUGUACUAAGAAAACGGCUAUAUGGAUUUAAAAAUGACAAAAUAAUCUCUGUUUUAGGGAGCCUUGAAGAGUCCUGCUAGAAAGUGACACGGCACUUUCCUGCAGGAGUCAAAUGGUGGACUUCCUGCUAUUCCAUUUGAGUUGCAGGGCUGAGAUUUGUGUAUGCUUUCCACAACUGUACGAUUCGCAUAGUAAACCUGAGGUUUUUUGAUCACAUGUCACUCAGGAAAGCUGCUUUCCCCCCCCCCCCCCUGCUCUGUUGACAAGAUGAUGAUGAGAGGAAGAGGAAGUGACCCGCGGCAGACUGUGUUGCAGGGCAUUGCCAAGUUUGAGUGCCUUUAAACAGCUCCUGUUUGUUUGGUUUCAAUGGUGCUUGGAGCGUGGCUUUAUUAAGACUUUAGACAAACACGGGAUCCAUCCAGUCUCUGUUUGCUCUCCACUUUCAGGGGCCUCCACACUUCAAACAUUUGUGGGAACAGUCAAAGGACAAGGCGAGGGGUUUUAGGAUCAAGUAGUGAAAUUAGCUGAAGUGCCUCUCAAGCAGCCCCUCCCCCCGAAGUGAGAUUGUUUUAUAGAACUUUUCCUGAGACCCCCUCUUCUUCCUCUCUACGUCCUGCCCACUUUCACGCCUUAAAAAGACCCCCGUGUGACUUUAUGACUGCGUUCACACUGCAGCAACAGGCCAGGAAAAGGCUGUUUCUGAAGCAGGUCAACAAAUCACACCUGGAGUUUGUCCGGCUCAGAGUGAGAUGUUUACAUUUUUUUAUACAUUGUGUGAUUCACAUUGAUCUAAUUCAAUAAAAGAAUGUGCUUUUUAUGGAUUAGAGAUGCAGACAUAGAAGUGGAUUGAUAGAAAAAGAAUCGCUCACAGUAUUUUUUCAUAACAAAAUGACAGAAACUGCAGUGGAAGCUUCAUAAAUAUGGAGAUUUUCUCAGAUUGUUGUCACAUUAAAGAGGAUCAAUGUGGGUUUUGCACUGACAAAACAAGACAUUUAAAGACUUGAGUAACUUCAAUGGACAUUUUCUCUAUAUUCUCACAUUUUAACGACCAAACAAUAUCUCUAAAUGAUCAACUGAUAAUUGGGAAAUAAUUGAUAUUAGCAGCCAUAUUAUGUUUUUUAAGGAUUGCCAGAGCAAACACAAGGCCAUGCUCUGCCUUAUUGAAUCUGAUUAAAGCAACAGAAUAAUGAAAUGAAUGUGGGAAAAGAGACAUGUUUACUGAGAGCAGAAGUCAGAGAUGUUCACACAUGGAUUGAAUGUAUGUUAAUGGUUUUGUGGCACACAGUGUUCGUUAAAGAAGCCUGAGAGAUUGUAACAAGAGGCUUCAUGUAGAGCAACGUUAACAUGAAGGAAAAGUGCUUUAUGAAGAAAGACAAAACUCAGACUGAAUAAAGGAGAGAUUUUGAGUUCACAAACACAAGGCUUUUAUUUAGUAUGUUUUGAACAGCAGUUUUUCACUCGUCCACUAUUAAGCUGUUUAGCAAAAAGGGAAAUUAAAAUCAGUGUUUUCGUUAGUUUUGAUCACUCCUAAUGAAGCUGCCAAUUUGUGUCUUUGCCACUUGAAAUUGUGUCAAAACUAAUCUGUGUUUUUCUGAUGAAGUUUUUACAGAAAUGUUUCUAAAUGUUAAAUUAUGAAGCUAGAAUAUGAAGAAUGUGUAUAUAUUUUACAAUUAUAUGCAGUAAAGUAAACCACGGUCACUUAUUACACACAUUCAACACAUUAUAAACACAAACAUAGUUCAGAUUUUGUGCACACAAAACCCUGAUUUAGAGAUUUCAGUUUUUCGUCUCAUCUUCAGAGUGAUGUCUUCCAUGUGUGAGAGUUUUAUAAUAAAAUGUUUUAUGA